UAAGGGCAAUAAAAAUUUGCAAGAAACAAGAGAGAAAAAAUAAUCCAGUUUAAAUUAUACCAUGUGUUUAUUAUUUCAGAAUGAUUUUAUACCUUACUGAGACAGCGAAACGUAAACAGUAACUGUUAAGUAAAUAACGUACGAGUGAUAUUAUGGAUUAUAAUAAUGAGUGUAUCACUAGGAAUAAAAUCCAAAAUCAAUAUCAUCAAACGAAAGGUUCCAAUUACUUAGAGAAUCAGUUGCAAAAUAAAGAAUUUUUAAAUUCUUUUGACAAGCAAUUUUCAUUUUAUGAACGUUUAUUAAGCAGCAAAGUUAAAAAGAAUAAAUGCUAUAAAAAAACAAUAGGAGAAGAUUCUUUAUUACAAAAAAUAUUUAAUACGAAUUUAAAUAAAAACAAUGUACACGUAAAAUACACUAUCAAAUUGAAUAAUAUAAAAGAUCCUUGUGAAAAAAGAAUAAUUGUUGGCGAUGAUAUGAAAAAAUUAAUUGAAUUUCAAAAACCUUUUGUAAAAAACAAUAGUAAAUCUAAUGUUGACUUUGAAUAUAUAGGUAGAACUUCAACACCCCGUAAAGGAAAACUUUUUGAAUCCGGCAUUUUUGAAGACAUAUUUUUUACUAAGCCAAAUUUGAUAGAUUAUGAAAAUAAUAUUGAACCUCAAAAUCAGAAUGUUAACAAAAGUAUUAAUAAAAUAAACCAAGCUCAGGAAUUUAUAGAUUCUACGUCUACAACAGCAAAUUCAAAUCGAAAUAUUCUACAAUAUUCCACAGGAACGAAAAAUUUAAAUUUUUUAAAUCAAUCGGAUGAUAAAAAUCAUAAUCAAUCUAAGGGAAUGCAAAUGAAAAAUAAUAUGAUUACAAAAGUGACAUGCAAAUCAACUAAUUUGAAUAAUAAAAGUCUUAGGAAAUACAUUAUUGAACAAUCUAAAAUACCAUGCAGUCCAGUUGAAUUUCCAACCGUUUUGAAAAAUUUAGAAAAAAACCGGAAUUUAUCCAGUAACUUAACAAAGAAAAAUAAUUUUAAUAGUGCUGAAUGGUCUGUAAAAGAUAAAAUUUCUUUUUUCAACAAACUUGGCAAAACCGAUCAAUAUUCAAAAAUAAAAGAAAUGUUUUCUGCUCCUCAAAUGGAAAUCAAGAAAUCAUCAUUUUUUAAUGAAAAUAAUAAUCGUAAUUUAAAAUCAUUCAAUUCAAAAAAUGAUAUUCCAACCAAUAACAUGGAAACAAAAAAUGAUUUUUCAAUUAAAACUAAAAUUGCUGCAUUCGAAUCACUUUGUAAGAGAAAUUAA